GAAUUAGUAUUGAAAUUUAUAGCCGAUAUACAAUAUAUACAUCAAAGUUACCAAGUGACAAAAAGCUGUUGAUUGAUAAUUAUAUUACUUAAUUAAAUAAGUAGUUUAACUUAAGUCACAUCUGUUCCAAGACUAAACUUAGUCUAACUCUAAAAGUCUAAACUUCUACAUGAAGCCUUCCCCUCCCUCCCUCGGUCGUUGUAAGUUGUAGUUCUGAGAUAAAUGUAAGGGCUUAAACUGUUAAAGCGCUAAAAAUCAGGUUUCUAUAACCGCAGUUGGCAUAGCAUAAGUAGCCCAUUUGUGAAGCUUUAAACUUAAUAAACAAACAAGCUUCUAUCCCAGUUUUAAUUUAGUAUUUAACAUUACUUUGUUAGACGCAAGUUAUGCCUAAUAGUAAUACUAAUAGUAAUAGCUUAGGGCUAGAGUUUAUAAUUCAGUUCGUUAUAUAUAACUUUUAAGUACAUAUUAUAUUUAGUUGAGAUUAUGUGACAAAGUUUAAGACUUUGUUUAGGCUUGUAACGUUACCUGAUUUUUACUUUAUCCCCAUAAAUAAUUAUCACCAAGUUGGGCUGGAGGGUGAAAACAAAAUAGUAGACUUAAGUUAAGCCUUCAUAGGGUUAGUUCUUAGUUCUACUUUAGUUGAACUUCACAGUUCAAGUUGAAAUACUGCAUUAUGGCGAGUAAUGACGUUAAUCAUGAAUGUUUGACUUCAGUUUAACUCAAGUAUUUGUAAUUGCUCCAACAGAAAGUAGCCUAAUAUUAUUUUAUUCCCUAAAGAAAGGGCCUACUAUUACUAGAUUCCAUAAGUAAAAAUUAAGUUACAUUGAUAUUGAUACUAUGAUGGUGAAACUGUGUCUGCAAUAUUAAAUCUAAAAGCAACAGUUCAUGACUUAACCUUAAAUGAGUUGCCAUCUUGUUAGCGUUACUGUUAGCAAGAUUAGAAAUGUAUAGCUGUUUUAAAUGACACUUCAAAAAAUGGAAAUAAUGUCCUCAAAGGAGUCAGCAAAUCAUGGUAGGCAACCAUCUCUGACCAUUACUGAGCAGCCAGCUGAUAGAAUAAGGUAUCGCUAUAAAAGUGAAAAAGGCUCUCAUGGUGGUUUAACAGGAAAAAAUAGCACUGCUUCUAAGAGAACAUACCCCACAGUGAAACUUGAAUAUUUUCAACGUCAGCAUAAUGAGCAAGUUUUUAUUAAGGCUACUCUAUACUCAGUUGAUGAACUCAAACCUCAUGUUCAUAAGUUGAUGGGAAAGAACUGUAAAGAUGGAAUUUGUAUGAUGGAACUUGGAGAAGAUGGAACCACCAGCUUUGUGAAUCUUUGGAUUCUGUUAAUUGGUAAAAAGGAAGUUCCCGAUAUCUUAUACCAACGGAAAGUAGAGAGCCAGCUAAGACUGAGUGGUUCCACUGACUUAACAGAUGCUGAGAAAGUCAAGCUGCAUGAGGAAGCAGAACAAGAAGCCAAGGACAUGGAUUUAAAUAGAGUUCGAAUCUGUUUUGAAGCCUUUUCCAAAAAUCCUACAGUUUCUGAUAUCUCUUACCCCAUUUGUCAGCCUAAAUUUUCUAAUAAUAUUGCAAACCAAAAAUGUCCUGAUGUAGGGGAAUUAAAAAUUGUGCGUAUCAGUAAAUGCUCUGGGGUCUGCACAGGAAAUGAGGAAGUGUUUCUUCUUUGUGAAAAGGUCAAUAAAAAGGACAUUAAGAUCAGAUUUUAUGAAGAAGAUUCUGAUGGUAGACUUAUGUGGGAAGACUAUGGAAAUUUUUCAGAAAAUGAUGUUCAUCAUCAGGUUGCAAUUGUGUUCCGGACUCCAGCCUACAAGGACUGUAAUAUUAAAGAAGAUGUAAGAGUGAAACUGCAGCUUUACAGAUUAAAAGAUAGUCAGUAUAGUGAAAGCAAAGAUUUCCAGUACACUCCUGCAUAUGAUAGGGAAGAAAUUGAGAGAAAGAGGAGAAAGAUUACCACCCAUCAAGAACUUCAAGUACAUCAUGACCUAGAUCCAUCAUUGCAGUCUGGUGCUGGCAGUAGUGGGUCCACUUGGGUUGACACAGAUUAUCAAACAGGAUUUUUUGUUUCAGGACAGAGUCCCAAUUUAGAUGUUCCUGAACAACAUGCUAUAUCAAGUACACAUUUUGAAACUCAUUAUUCUGCUCCUGGUUCACUGGAACAAAUAAAUGUGUUGAAUGAUGAUGAUGAUUAUAAAUGUUUAUAUCUUUUGCAUCCAUCCAGUAAUCCAAUGCUGAGUAAUGAAGAAAAUGAACCAAAUCCUCUUUUGGAAUAUUUCAAAACUGACUCUACUGAUGUCAAUCCCAAACAUCCAACAAUUAAAGUAAAUCUUGAACAUGCCAUUAAGACUCUAUCUCUAGAUGAUAAGGGUUAUAAGCAGAAUGUGGGGAAUAGCAUACCAUCACUUAAAAAAGAGGAUAAAGUAAAAAAUGGUAAUUCUGGUUCUUUUACUUCUGAGCAAAAGUUAGAACCAUUUAAUAUUCAAAGAAGGGUGGUAUUAGCUAAUAGGGAUUUGGAUAUUUGUGCUGAAGAAUACACUGAAGAAAGCUUGGGUAUUGAACCUCAAACUGUACAAAUUGGAGAUUCACAGCUUGCAUCUAAGUUUGUCAGAACCAAAGGGUAUGAAUUAAAACCAAAAUAUAUUCAGUCUGAAGGGCAAGUAGAAGUUCAACAUCUAAGUUUCUCUGAACAAGACUUGAACACUGAACAUAUCAUUUUUAAAACCAAAGAUCUAGAGAGGAGCAGGAGCUUAAGUAACCCUAGAGACUUUAUCAGCCUAUCCCCAGAAUCAAAAGCAAAAAUCUUGGAAACCAGUGACCCUGAAGAAAAUAGAUCUAAAACUAUGGGAAAUUGCAGGGAGAAUAAAACACAAUCAGAUGCCCUGCCUACUACAUUGCAUGGGGUGAAGCAACUUGCAUUGAGGAUGAGCUCAGCCUUAAGAAAUUUUGUAGUUACUGGAGAUCUUGGACUACUACUGAUGACUCUUCAGCAUUUAAUUGCCAUACAGGAUGAAGAUGGAGACAAUGCCCUUCACCUUACCAUUAUUCAUCAAGCCAAGCAACACAUUCAGCAGCUGGUUCUGAUUCGCUGUCUCUUGUAUAUUUUUGAAGAACUACCAAGACAAGUCAUCAAUGAUUGCAAUAAUUUACAUCAGACUCCGUUAUUCUUAGCUGUGGUUACGAGGAGCCACAAAGCUAUUCCUCUUCUUCUGAUGAGUGGAGCUGAUGCAAAUAUUCCUGAUAAUGAAGGAAAUACACCAUUGCAUAUAGCUGUGAGAGAAGGGAAUCUCAUUGCACUUCAUUUGCUGCUUGACAGAAAAAAUUAUCCUAAGAGUGUUUCUAAGAUUGUUGACAUAGAUAAACUAAAUUAUGAAGGGCUUGCUCCUCUUCAUGUUGCAGUAAUAAACAACAAAGAAAAAUGUAUUGAGAAAUUGUGCACUAGUGGAGCUGACAUUAAUGUUGCUGUGGGUACAAGUGGAAACACAUCAUUGCAUCUUGCAGUAGAAAUUCAUCCUCAUCUUGUCAGGUUAUUACUUGCUCAGCAUGAUAUCAACGUGGACGUUCAGAAUUUUGCAGGAAACACUGCUCUACAUUUGGCCUGCACUCGAGGUUUCAAAGAUGUAAUAAUAUCAUUGAUGGAAGCAGAGGCAAAUCCUUUUAUUCAGAACUUCAAUACAACUUCCUGUUUGAACCAGUGUAGCUGUGAAGAAGAUGUUAAUUAUUACAAUCUGAAAGGACAAAUGGCUACUGAUUUGGUAGCUGGAAAUUAUGAACUGAUUAAACUGCAUGAUGCAGGAUUAAACCCUGUUUCAGUAGCUUUUGAACUGUAA